GAUGUUUGAGGACGAUGGUACGGGCACUGCAGGGACGCCAAAAGCGAUCAUGUAUUUGAUCAACAGGCCGCCGACUAUGCUGCCUACCGUACAGCUGCAUGAGGAGGUGCUCAACUCGGUGGGAGCGUACGAUUGAGCACGACCCGAUUGGACACGAUGCUGCGUGUUCUUUCAGGUAAAAGCGUCACCGGCUGGCCGACUCAAAUGAUCUCUCCUCUAUUCGACUAUCUUCAAAGCAUGGACUCUCGACUUUCACGUUAUGAUACAUGGGCUCGCUGGCAGUCUCGCAGCCACUCGGAGACCGGUGGCCUGCUGGCAGCUGCUUGUCCUACACCCACCCGCACGACCUCUAUGAUCCUCAAACAUCCACUUUCUCCAAUUGAAGGCGCUUGCAGCAGGGCAGUGCUACGGCAAGCUCGCGCAUCGAUCCAGACAGAAGGGCGGGAGGGCGAGGAGCGACACCCCUCAAUUUGGUUUGCUGAUCAACCGCUGCGGCUAGCCUGUCGGUGCUCACGGCUAACUUCAGCCAAGUCUGUGUCCAUUGCGCAUCAAUUUCGCCCUCGUCUUCGAACAGCUGGCUCCACCUGCGACCCUCUCGCCGCCGCACAACAGAACAUUGCCUCCCAUCAAUCGCCAAUAGCCUUCGGUACCCGCCCACCCUAGCCACUCUUUAUGCUCUCCCUCCAUCUCCUUGUCUCCAUUCCCCCUUCACCCUCGUCCAUCGUCUCGCUGACCUGCAGU